AUGUUGAUGCAGAAAUUGCCCGACAUCCUCAGGCAGGAGGUCGCCGGCAAGGGGCUGCUGGCGGUCAACGCGUUAGCGUGGUCAUUGGAGCAUCUGGACGACGUGCAUUGCAGCUACGAUCCGCUCAUCGUCGAGAACCCGAAGCUGGUCGGCUUGAAGGCGCUCCGACUGGAGCUGGUGCAGCACGUGGAGAAGUCCGCGUCGAACUCACGGGAGGCGGCGUCGACCGUGGGUCGUGGCAUCGGAACCGGCAUCGCUCUGGGUGGGGAGGCCGAGGAGGCUGCGGCGGGGUCGCACUCUGGCGGGCACGGGCCCACAGAUGGCGGCGAGGAGGAGCACGAGAGGGAGGACGGGGAGGGGGGCGGGGAGCAGGACAGGGGCUCGGACGAGGAGGGGGAGGACAAGGAGCGUGAGGAGGACAACGUGGUUGUCACCGGCAAAGUAGGGGCAGUACAGUUCGCCGGUGAGAAGGUUGCGGAUAAGAGCGGCGGCAGCGGACACAAGUCGGGCAAGAAGGCGCGGGGCAGCAGUGGCUCGACCCCGACUAGGAUUGCGUUAAAGGCGGCUGCUGAUCGUAUGAAGGCGGCGGAGAGGGAGAACAAGAAGCUGACGGAGGAGAAGCUGGUGGCGGAAAAGAGGUUGGAGUACCAGACGGCCCGGAUUGACGCGCUUUUCGGCGUGGUCACCGCGGCCGUGAACAAGCUCUCGACGGUCGCCGAGAGCGUGACCUCUCACGAGCAGACGUCGGGGAGGAGCCUCCAAACGGCGGUGGACGCUAUGAGGGCGGUCGUGCAGGAGGCGGUGAGCUAUCGCGGCUCCACCCUGGAAUUCAUGAACUCGCAGUGGCUGCCCACCGUGCGGGCCCUGCACUUGACAGCUACUGCUGCACAGUGUAGACGACAUGAGGACGACGUCCUGCUGUUGCGAGGUGCGGUCGACCAAGGAGCAGAGGCAGCGAACGUCACAGCGGCAACUGCAGGGCCGAGUGCCUCAACGGUGGAGGCGGCUGUGUGGAGAGUGGUGGAAGAGGCCGGCGGGGUGGACGAAGAGAUCCUCGCCAGCAUCAUGAUGCCGGACCGGGAAAUCGAGGUCAUGCGGGAAAAACUACAAGCAGCAGCUCUCACCGUGGGAGCGCAACAGGGUACACCCGCCGCCUCAACUGCUCCUGCGGAGGACCAUAUCGCGGCUGGCGCCAAAUCCCCCCCCGGCCACGACCGGCUGGCCACGUCGGAGAUAAAGUUUGGGAAGAAGAGCCGUUACAUCUGCCGGUCGAUGGACAAGUCCGAGGUCGCCUACUGCAUCGCUGUCGCCGUUUCGUCGUACGACGGCUUCGUCAGCGACGUGAUUCUGAACGAGUUCGGUGGGGUCAAGGAGGAUGUGAUGGCGCAGUAUAAGGCGGACUGGAAUGUGGCGCGAUUGAUUCCGGGGGGCAUGUGGACGGUCAUGUGGAGCCGAGGGGCGAACGUCUUCCGCGACAGGUUCCAAGAGGUGGUCGCGGAAUACAACAGGAUAACCGGCGCUGACCGCGCAGCUCUCAUGUUGGCUCUUCGCCCGGCGGUGUGGUUCGGCGACCUUCCGGAGUCGACCGAGCCCGAGAAGGCCGCGAAGAACAAGGUGGCGAGCGGCAUGAUCGCACACGUUUUGAUGUGUGCCGCCUUCGCACCUGUGGCCGCGAAAGUGACGCCCAUUCCGGGCGUUGGGUCGGAGCGGUUGUCCGAGAUCCUUGCCGGUACUGCGUGCGCGGUGUGGUGUUUUUCGGAGACCAAUGCCACGGCGGAAGUAGCGGCCGGUGAAGGGGGGGCGGCAGCAACCGUGCGCGGAGCGUCCAAAGAGUUCGCGAAGAGGUGUAAGAGCGUCAUCGAGGUGGUGCUUCAACGGGUGUCGUCCCGGAAGGUCGGCGUAGAAGAGGUCGCCGACACGGUGACGAAGGACUUGCAUGGCGCUGUGCUGAGGUCGCUACCUGAGGACGGCGACGAGCGCGACCACGUCGAUCUGAUCGCCCGUGUCAUGAUCGAGAACCUCGCCUUCUGGGGGGACUGCUGUCCUUCCUAG